AUGGCUCUGCAGUAUUUGGGAUUAGAUGGAGAAAAAAGCUCUGUUGAUUUUGAUGGAUUGAAGGUGAAUCUGAUUAUGAUAGACUAUUCAUUGCCAGGGAUAAUAGGAUAUGAACUUCUCAAAAGGAUUAAGAGCUUAUUGAAUUUGCGGAAAAUACCAGUGGUGAUUAUGUCAUUUGAGAAUGUUUUGGAUCGUAUCGAUAGACCACCGACUGCUGCUGCUGCUGUGAGCUUUAAGGUUUUCGUCACCGACCUCGUAGUUGCAUCUACUUAUUAUGGCCGAACUGGCUUUGUUCCACCCUCUUCAUCGGCAAUGAAUGAACAACCAACUAAUUCGUAUUGGAUUAUAGUUUGA